AUGGCGUCUCUCUUCGCCAGCAGCGGCGAUGGCCUCGCUGGUCGGCUGGGGUUGAGCCCGUGGGUGCUGUACUCGGCCGCCGGCUUCACUUUCUACGCCGUCCUCUGCUCUUCGCUUCGAUUCCAGAGACUCAAGACGAUGCGCAAGCGCCUCAACUUUCCGGAUCGAGAGUCCUUGUCUCGCAUGACCAACGAGGACGCGCAAAGGAUUGUCAGCUACAUUAGCCUCUACGAGUUUCCGCUUCUCUACGACUUUUCACUUAGAUAUGCGAUUUUCAAGACCUACGCUGUGGACAACAUCGGCAAUCUGCUAUACAAAGUCAGCGAUCUUGCCAAGCCCACCAAGGCUUCUAAACGAUAUGACGACACGCAAGUCUUGUUUGCCAGUUAUGCCGAAUUCCCCCCCGGAUCCGAAUACUUGGCCAAGAGCGUCGCUCGCACAAACUUCUUGCACGCUCCGUACAUACAAUCCGGCAAGAUUCGCAACGAGGACAUGCUCUAUGUCCUCUUCGAAUCCAUGUAUCAGCCGGUCCGCUUCAUGCGGCUCUACGAGUGGCGAGAGAUGGACGACAUGGAGGUGGCGGCCGUUGCCCAGUUUUGGAAGUACAUUGGCGAGAUGAUGGAGAUUGACUAUGAAGCCGAGCUGGGCAAGAAAGAGUGGAAAGACGGCAUUGACUUCCUAGAAGACGUGCAACGGUGGGCAAUCGGGUACGAGAACGAGCAUCUCGGCCCCUCGCCCGACAUUGCCAAACUCGGCCAGGUCUUGGUCGACUUGCUCUUGUCGGCAUAUCCCAAGUUCUCGCGGGAGCCUGGAUACAAGAUUCUCAUGGUUCUUAUGGGCGAACGCAUGCGAGACGCUUUCAGCUUCCCCGAGCCUGGAGUGCCGGAGUCUGCUCUCACAUAUCCUCUUCUUCUCGCACGAAAGCUCUUCAUCCGCUACCUAUGCCUGCCACGCUUCUAUCCCGCCACAUUCAUCAGCCAGCCGGAUCCAGUGACGGGCCGCAUCAAGCACUAUCAUUGGCUAAAGGAUCCCUUUUACUCUCCGUCUUCUUUCUGGUCCCGCUGGGGCCCUGAAGGCUUGAUGCGGCGGGCAUUUGGUCUAAAGGUAGCUGGAGACGGCGGUGCAGCCAUGUUGCCGGAUGGGUUCUUGUUUGAGGACGUUGGGCCGCAAGACAAGAUGGGCAAGGGAGUCGAUGAGACUGCACGCCUGGCCAGAGUGGCACAGACAAAGGUGUCUGCUUCAGCGUGUCCUUUUGCACUGCCCAGGAAGGGUUGA